CAGAUACUCUCGUCCUAUUGUGUUCGAUGUGCAUGAUCACACUCGGCGAUUAUUCAUAUUGAACUCGAACAAAAUCUGAACUCGGAAGUAGUAUAUUAAUUUUAUAAGCCAAAAAAAAAGAGAAAAAAAAAACAGAGCAAAGAAACAAUGGCCCCUUCGGCAGUUAGCGAGGCACAGGCAACGGCCACACCCGUCGUGGCCAAGCCGGUCGCCGGCGGGCCGUCCAAGGGCACCAGGGCCAAGGAGGACGAGACGCCGCUGCAGGCCAUCUCGCAGGGCGAGGUGAUGCCGGGCAUCCCCACGUUUCCGACCUUUGUCGAGGAGCGACGGCACACGCUGAUCCACAUGGCCGCGACCUUUCGCGCCUGGGCGAGACAGGGCUUCGUCGAGGGCCAGUCGGGCCACAUCUCGGUCCGCGACCCCGAGUUCCCGGGCCUCAUGUGGAUGAACCCCCUCGGCCGGCACUACGGCAUGCUGCGGGCGGGCGACAUGCUCGCGCUCGAUAUCGCCUCGGGCCGCAUCGUGGCCGGCAAGCCGAACCCGUCCACGGGCAAGGUCACGGGCAACGCGGCGGGGUACUACAUCCAUGCCGCAGUUCAUAGAGUGAGGCCCGAUAUUCAUGCGGCCUGCCACGCCCAUACCAUGGCCGGGCGGGCAUGGUCCGUAUUUGGAAGACCGCUGGACAUGCUCACGCAGGACGUGUGCAGCCUCCACAACGCCCACAGCGUCUACACCAGCUACGGAGGGAUCGUCUUUGCCGAGGACGAGGCCAACAAUAUUGCAGCAGCGUUGGGAACCACCAACAAGGCACUCAUCAUGAUCAACCAUGGCCUGCUCACCGUUGGAACGACAGUCGACGAGGCCGGAUGGAUGUUUGGCCUGCUUGAACGGUCGUGCGCCAUACAGCUCAAGGUGGAAGCUACCGGCCUCCCCAAAAACAUCAUCGCCGACGAGGAGGCGGCUCAUGCGUUCAAGAUGGCGAGCGAGGAGAACGCCCUGUACCGCGAGGCACAGCCAGAUAUUGAGCUGGAGAUCGAGGCUGCCGGUGGCGAGGAGGCGCUCGCCAGAGGAUACGAACAGCUGGUUGUGGACCCGGAGAUCACAAUCGCAUGAAAUUCUUUUUUUUGUUUCCCCUGCAGAGGGUCGGUCGAUUUGAUUGUUUUGGGAUUUUGCUACGGUGUAUCCGUACCGAGUAGGACGUCUAGAACGUGAACAUGAUACGAUAUACCGUGCUCUGCACCAUGCUCUGUACGGUGCCAUCUCGAUCC